CUCGUGUGUAUAUACAUGAAUUUAGUUGCAUUUCCUUAUGACAGAGUACUUUAAAUUCAUAUUCUUAUUAAAAUGCAGAGUGACGGUCUGAAUAGAGAUGAUUGCAUAGACGGUCGUUGGUAUAGCACAGGUGGCUACCUGCCAACUGAUGUGUUUACAGGGGGACACGAGGCAGACGGCAAAACACUUCACGUAGUCUGUGCUCACAUUGAUGGCGUCUUUACACCUGGAAAAUACGGGAAACAUCUUAGUGGAGCCUGUGUUCCGUACGGUGGUAAAGAAAAGGUUUGCGGAUGGUUCUAUUAUCUGACCAAUAGCUAUAAUCAUAAAUGGAUGUAUAGCUGGGAGGGCGCCUCAAACGGAAACGUCCCCCACAACGCUGUGAGGGUGGGUGAGGGGCUGUACGUGGGUCGAGUCCACCACGAGGGGAGUCUUAUUCCAUGUAAAGUACAAACAACUCAUGGAUGUGCUUAUUUUGGUUAUGACGGGAAAGAACAUAAAGCCAAGAAGUAUGAGGUGCUCGUCUCCACAUUGAAGUCUGGUCUGGCAGAGGAGGGGGAAGGGCAGAAAGAGGCCAAGGAAUAGUCUCAAUACAGCCGAGAGGGAAUUGAGUUUUCUUAUAGAUUGUUCACUCUAUAAUGAAAAAUAUCAAAGCAUAGAAACAUGAUGUAAAUUUUCUAGUUUAGAUAGUUAUCAAAUUUAAAAUAUUUCUGGAUCAUUACCUGUGAAAAAAUAUUGAUAAUUUACUUCAGCUUGAAAAUAGUUCUCU